AUGUGUUCAUUGAAAGGUCAAACCAGAGGAGUUUAUAUACUCAAUGUACUUUUGGAUGAGUGUUCAAAAACUGAUUUGGACUUAUCAAUAUUAUCGGGAGUUGCGACUGACGGUGCUCCUUCGAUAAUUGGUGUCAAUUCUGGGCUAGUUACUUUGCUGAAAAAGCAUCUGCAAGAAAAAAACAUAAACGCUGAAUAUCUCAUGCAGUUUCACUGCAUUAUACACCAAGAUGCCCUCUGUUCUAAGAAAAUUGAAUUUCAAAAUGUCAUGAACGUGGUAGUUUCUGUAAAUUUCAUAAAAUCACGAAGACUCAAUCACAGGCAAUUCAAACAAUUCCUUGAUGACAUCGAAAGCGAAUAUGGAGAUUUACUGUAUUAUACAGAAGUAAGGUGGCUAAGUCGUGGAUUGACACUGGAACGAUUUCUAAAUUUAAUAGAAGAAAUUGGAAUAUUUCUGGCGGAAAAGCAAAGGGAUGUCCCGGAACUUAAAAAUCCUGAUUGGUUGUGUGAUUGUUGUGAGCUCUACGCUCAUGUAUCAUCCUUUCAAUGCAAGCUGACACUUUUCAGAUCGCAACUGAAUUCUGGAAAUUACAAUCAUUUUCAUAAUUAUAAGAAAAUGGCUGAAAAAUUCAACAAAACUGCGAUUGAUUUUAGUUAA